AGAGGGUAAUUUGGACUCUUUGAGCUUUCAAGUGGGAAGCGAAUUGGCAAACGGAACAGACGAAUAAUGCAUAUAUAAAUGCGGGAGUGGGAGAGCGAGAGUCCCGGUCACCCAAUAUCGAAGAAGGAAGAUGGCUGAGUCACAAGGCCAGAUCAGCAGGGAAGUGCCGGUGGAAGGCAAGUUGGGGAGCGUGUACUGUAAAUGCGCGGAAGGCUGGACAUGCGAGAUCAGCAGGACCUCAGGCCCCGAUGCCGGCAAACCCUACUUUAAAUGUGCUGAAAGUUGCGACUGCUCUAUAGAUGGGGUAGGAGUUCCCGGAGAGGAGGUGAAGGAUGUGGGUGAUGCUGCAAGUAGCGGAUCAUACUGCAAAUGUGGAGAAGGAUGGAGCUGUGUGAUUUCCAGGGUUCAGCCUUCUGACUCCCAGAAGGGCUUCGAAUGCUCUGGCCCCUGCACCUGUGCUGCCUAGGCCAAAUCAAUGUUCCAGUAUAUAAUAUUAGUUAUAUCUCAGUCUGUGUGGUUGGUUUCAAAAUAAAGCAUCGCAAUAUUAUACUGUGUGUUGAAACUCGUCGCUUGGGUUAUGUAUCCCCAUGAAUCUGAUCGUGUGUGCGUCACUUCUGUUAUAUAUGUAUCGACUUGGAUAUUAUACUUGAUCAAAUAAAUGUUUGCAUCAACGAA